UGCAAAUAUUAUAAACAUAUUUUCUUCUACUUCUGACGUUUAAAAGUACGAAAAUCAUAACCAGAAAGGCAAAGCAACGAUUCACUUCAAAAUAAAAAAUAAUAAUAAAAAAAGGAUCAGGAUUUAGGAAAAGGCAUUUGGGGAUAAAUAAGAAAAGAGAAGAGAAGUUUGAAGUGAAUGCCAAGCAUAGCGCUUGACGGUAACAGCCAAAAGGCCUAUGCAGCAGCAUGCAGUUGAAGUUGGCGACGCUAAGUAAAGCAACAGCAACAGCUCGUCCUAUAGAUGCAGACACAUGCAUCUCCUUGAUAAAGAAAUGCCACACUCUCAAGUCUCUGAAAACUGUUCAUGCCUCCAUCCUCAGAUCCCACCUCCACCUCAAUCUCCAUUUCUUCACCAACCUCAUAUCCCACUACGCUUCUCUUGGUUCCAUUGCUUACGCAUACACUCUCUUUUCCUACUCCAACUCCUCCAAUGAUGCUUUUCUUUGGAACGUCAUGCUGCACGGCCUCGUCGACAAUGCCCAGUACCAUCGCUCCUUGCUUCUUUAUACCUGUAUGCCACAUCUUGCCAUUGCACCUGAUAACUUCUCCUUUCCCUUUCUUCUCAAAGCUUGCGCUUCUCUCCGCAAUCCCAAUUUGGGUUCUCAGCUUCACGCCCAUGUCUUCAUAUACGGGUAUUCCUCUCACAUGUUCGUUGCUAACUCGCUUAUCUCCAUGUACGCUAAAUGCGGGCUUUUUGCUGUUUCGAAAAGAGUGUUCGACAAAAUGCCUCACAGAAGUGCAGUGUCGUGGAGUGCAAUGAUUGGAGCGUACUCGCAGAGUGGGUUUCACGAGCAAGGGUUGCUGCUGUUUACCAGGAUGUUGGAUGAGGGAAUCAAACCAAACAGGGCUUCUAUUUUAAAUGCCACGGCUUGCGUUUGGCGUGAGAACGUGGCUCAUAAUGUGUUUAGAGUCAUCAUGGAUAAUGGACUUGAUAUGGAUCACUCCGUGCGAAAUGCUACCAUGCUCAUGUUUGCUAGAUGUGGAAGAAUUGACAUUGCUAGAAGCUUGUUUGAUGGGUUUAAAUAUAAGGAUUUGGUGUGCUGGGCCUCCAUGAUUGACGCAUAUGCUCAUGCUGACUUGCCUCUUAAAGCUUUGCAUCUCUUUAACCAAAUGAGAUUGCAAUGUCUCCUUCCCGAUUCUAUUAUCCUUCUUGCUGUGAUUCGAGCUUGUUCCAUACUAGCUUCUUUGAACCAGGCACGAAUCCUUCACGGAGUUAUUGUUCGUUGUUUUCUGGAGAGUCAAUUAGUGCUAGAUACCGCUGUUCUUGAUCUUUACGUGAAAUGUGGGAGCUUAGCAUAUGCUAGAACCGUUUUUGAUAAGAUGAAAGAAAAGAAUAUUAUCUCCUGGAGCACUAUGAUUCGCGGGUAUGGUAUGCAUGGCCAUGGUAGAGUAGCACUUCAUCUCUUUGAUCAGAUGAAGGCCUUAAUAAAGCCAGACCAUGUCACAUUCGUAUCCGUAUUGUCAGCAUGUAGUCAUGCUGGGUUAAUUGCAGAAGGAUGGGAGUGCUUUAAUUCCAUGAUAAGAGAUUUUGGGGUUACACCAAUAUCUGAACACUACGCAUGUAUGGUUGAUCUCUUAGGCAGAGCUGGGCAGUUGAAUCAAGCCUGGCUAUUCAUUCAGAGGAUGCCUUUGAGGCCGGAUGCUGCUGUCUGGGGCGCACUGCUUGGAGCUUGUAGAAUUCAUUUAAACGUAAAACUGGCAGAAGUGGCAACUAAAUCAUUAUUUGAUUUGGAUGGGGAAAAUCCUGGAAGAUAUGUUCUAUUGUCCAACAUAUAUGCAUCAUUGGGGAAAAGAAAAGAAGCUAAUAGGUUUAGAUAUUUAAUGAAAAGUAGAGGUGUAAGGAAAAUAGUUGGUCGCACAAUUAUCGAGAUUAAGAACAAGAUCUAUACGUUUGUGGCUGGGGAUAGAUCACAGCCUGAAAUUGAUGUAAUCUAUUUAGAGUUGGACAAACUUAUGGGGAGGAUUAGACAACAAGGGUAUGUACCAGAUUUAAGCUUUGUAUUGCAUGAUGUGGAUGGGGAGACAAAGGAGAAGAUGUUGUAUGCACACAGUGAGAAGCUGGCCAUUGUUUUUGGGCUGAUGAAUUUGGGACAUGAAAGUUUGAUUAGGAUAACAAAGAAUUUGAGAGUGUGUGGGGAUUGUCAUACUGCUAUAAAGUUUAUCUCUAAGGUUACGGGAAGGGAAAUUGUGGUGAGAGAUGCCCACAGAUUCCAUCAUUUUAUGAACGGAACUUGUUCUUGUGGUGAUUAUUGGUGAUGGUGUUCUUGCCCCAAUUAUUGACGUUGCUAAUGCAAUUUGGUGGCCCAUCGGAUACUGAUCUUUUUUAUUAAA